CUCAUACAGUCCUGCCUUUGUGUUCAAGAUCUUGGAGUUUUCUUGAGAGAGAGAGAGAGAUUCCCUGGUGUAAAAGGUGAUAUUUAAUGGACCCCAAGUGUAUAUAUUGCAUUUAUCCAUCACGGGUUGCAAGAAAACAAACAUGUCUACAAUAAUCCCAUAAUCUUUAUAUCACCUCUAUAAAUUCCACUUCUCAAGAUUGCUUCCUGUUACAUUCACUUCACUCACACCCCCAUUUUCAGUUUUUUUUUGGUUUUGCUUUUCAGUUCUUGGCAGGAGGUCAUAAGCAACUCAAUCAAUGGCCCCUGCAAACCACUCUUUUUUCCUCUCUUUCUCUAUCCUCUGCGUCAGUCUGCUCAUUUCCAGGCCCGUUUUUGCUCAGACAAAGCCCGCUUUCGCCUGCGAUGUGUCGAACAAUCCCGGGCUCAAGAAUUUCAGUUUCUGUGACCAGUCAUUGGACGUGAAAUCCAGAGUGGCUGAUUUGGUGGGCAGGCUGACAUUGCAGGAGAAAAUCGGGUGGCUUGUGAACACUGCAAAGGGAGUGAGUAGGCUUGGCAUACCCGAUUACCAGUGGUGGUCUGAGGCUUUACAUGGAGUUUCAUACGUCGGGCCUGGAACCAAGUUUUCGGGCCUGGUUCCUGGCGCCACUAGCUUCCCUCAGGUCAUUCUCACUGCCGCCACUUUCAAUGAGUCCCUGUUCGAAAUCAUUGGAAAGGUGGUUUCCACAGAGGCCAGAGCAAUGUACAACGUCGGAUUAGCUGGAUUGACAUUCUGGUCACCAAACAUCAACAUAUUUCGUGAUCCCAGAUGGGGACGAGGCCAAGAAACUGCCGGAGAAGACCCUUUGCUCUCCAGCAAAUACGGGGCAGCAUAUGUAAGAGGUCUGCAAGAAAGAGAUGACGGAGAUAAAGACAGACUCAAAGUUGCUGCAUGCUGUAAACAUUACACUGCUUAUGAUGUGGAUAAUUGGAAAGGGAUACAGAGAUACAAUUUCAAUGCUCUGGUAACACAGCAAGAUUUGGACGACACGUUCCAGCCACCGUUCAAGAGUUGCGUUCUUGAUGGAAAUGUUGCUAGCGUCAUGUGUUCGUAUAAUCAAGUCAACGGCAAGCCGACUUGUGGUGACCCUGACCUGUUAUAUGGUGUGAUUCGAGGCCAGUGGAAGCUGAACGGGUACAUUGUUACAGAUUGUGAUUCAUUGAAUGAGAUGUUUUAUACCCAAAAGUAUACCAAAACACCAGAGGAGACUGUUGCUUUGGCUAUGAACUCAGGUUUGGAUCUAAAUUGUGGAGAUUUCCUGAGCAAGUUCACUCAAACUGCUGUAGACCGUGGACUACUCAAUGAAACAGUCAUUAACGGCGCCAUGUCAAACAAUUUUGCGACGAUGAUGAGAUUGGGAUUCUUCGAUGGUGACCCGAGCAAGCAACUGUAUGGAAAUCUUGGCCCGACAGAUGUGUGCACAACGGCAAACCAGGAACUUGCACGUGAAGUUGCACGAGAAGGGAUCGUUUUGCUCAAGAACACAGAAGGGUCAUUGCCAUUGUCCCCCAAAACCAUCAAGUCCUUGGCAGUAAUCGGUCCCAAUGCUAAUGUAACACACACCAUGUUAGGCAGUUAUGAAGGGACUCCAUGCAAGUACACGACUCCGUUGCAAGGCCUGACAGCCUCUACGGCCACAGUCUAUCAGCCAGGCUGUGCAGAUGUGUCGUGUGGCUCUGCUCAAGUGGAUGCUGCCAAGAAAAUAGCAGCAGCGGCUGAUGCUGUUGUUCUGGUUAUGGGUUCAGAUCAAUCAAUCGAGCGAGAGAGCCUGGACCGGGUGGAUAUUACUCUUCCAGGGCAGCAGCAACUUCUGGUAACAGAGGUUGCAAAAGUGUCAAAGGGACCUGUGAUUCUUGUCAUAAUGUCUGGAGGUGGAAUGGAUGUUCAGUUUGCUAAAGAUGAUCCAAAAGUUACUAGCAUUCUAUGGGUUGGUUUCCCCGGAGAGGCUGGUGGAGCUGCAAUUGCUGAUGUGAUAUUUGGUUAUUACAAUCCAAGUGGAAGACUACCAAUGACUUGGUAUCCACAAUCGUAUGCAGACAAGGUUAACAUGACAGACAUGCACAUGAGACCGAACCCUGACACAGGCUACCCUGGUCGAACAUAUCGUUUCUAUAAGGGACCAACGGUCUUCUCAUUCGGGGAUGGACUGAGCUACUCCACAUUCAACCAUAACCUAGUUAGAGCACCAAAGCUUGUGUCCGUGCCCUUGGAAGAAGGGCACGUUUGUCGUUCAUCAAUGUGUAAGUCCAUCGAUGUUGUUGACCAUACGUGCAAGAACUUAGGGUUUGACAUUCACGUGAGAGUGAAAAACGUAGGGCAUAUGAGUGGAAGUCACACUGUUUUCUUGUUUUCUAGCCCCCCGCAAGUUCAUAAUGCACCUCAAAAACACUUGCUAGGGUUCCAAAAACUGCAUUUGGAACCACAGGGCGAAGGGCUGGUAAGGUUCAACGUCGAUGUUUGCAAGCAUUUGAGUGUCGUGGAUGAGAAGGGCAACCGAAAAGUCGCCUUGGGAGAGCAUCUUCUUCAUGUGGGAAGCUUGAAACACUCCUUGAACUUGAGGGUUUGAAGAAAUCCUCACUGCCAUUUUUUUUUAUCUUUUUUUUCCCAAAAAAAAAUAUUUAUCACCUUUUUCCCUUCUUUUUUAAGAGAAAAGAAAGGAAAAAUAUGGCAAGAUUGGAUAGAGGAAGAAGUAUUUGAUCACAAUUGUAACAAGUUUCUUCUUGCUUUGAUUCUUUCAAAUGCAUUGCCCAACUUGUGUAACCACAUAUUGUGAAAGGAAAGGAAUUCCAUGUUAUGCCAUUUCAUCUUA